GUCCCGCACAAGAUCAGCUUCAUAUGCACCGUUUUUGAGUUGUCAUCAGGCAAGCCUGAUGACGCGUGGUCAGACCUUGAAGUGGAGAUCACCCAGAACAUGACCACUGCAGCCAUCGCCACCAAUACUGUUAGUGAAGACGUGCCCCGUGGCGCCACCUUCACCAUCAUCGCUCACGAGCGUGGUGAAUUGCCCUUUUCUGCCUACGAUCGCAGCAUCCACACUAUGAUCCCCCCAGCCACCCUGACAUCAAUUUACUUCUCGAAGUCAGUCACUCGACGCAUCAACACUGCUCGCAACCCUUGUCAUGAGGGCCCGGACGCCAGUUGGAUGUCCAGCACUCGUGUCAUUCAAGACGACGAUGAUUACGAUAAUAUUACGAUGGUGACGGCCACAUCCUCCACUCCAACAGGCGGCGGCCUUUUUCUGGACUUUCUUGAUAAACGGCGACUGGGUUUAAAGAAACAGCAUGCAUGGCCCACGGCCAACUUACCUUACUUGCAGGUCGAACAACACAGUCCGUCCACCGAGAGUGUGGGAGCCUCCGUGCUGAAGGAUGCCUUUGAUGUUGGAUCCGAGAAGAUCAGUUGCCACAGCAGCAGCAGUGGCAGUAGUGGUGUGAGUGGUGGUGCCGGUAGUGAUGACGGCGGCGGCGGUUGCGCCAGCGUCGUCGAUCGUCCCUUAACAGUGCGCCUGUUCAAUACAGAAGUGUUGUACAGCCGGGAGUCCUGUGGUUGGGCCCUGUGCUGUUACAAGGUAGCCCGCAACUGCAACUGCACCUGUUCCAUGGACUGGUUACUCUCCACUGGCACC